UACAAGCACUACCGCUAUCCAUCCCAUCCCAUCCCUCGGCACCGGCGCCUGUCUCUCUUGUCUGCUCUUCCCGCCAUGCCCGAAGAGGUGGGAGAUUUUUUGCAGCGCAUGCGCACCAUGUCUGACCUCCGCGACUCCCAAGACACCCAACGGGUCAAAAAGCUCGAAGAAGACCUGCUGAAAAGCCGCAGCGAACGCCUUGCCCGCCGAGCUGAACGCGCCCGCUCUCUUUCCCCCGACAAACCCACCACGCCGCAGUCCUCCACCACCGCCGACGCUGUUCAAGAAGCCGCCUCUCGUACCCCCACACCCGCCAUGGAGCCCGAACAGCUCCUCCGGGACGACGAGCCCAAGAAGCCUGCCCCCAAUGCUGCAGCAUUGUCUCGAUCCGGCACACUCUCAUGGCAGCAGCGGAGACCGCAAUCUGCCUCACUUCGCCGCCCUCUGUCGCUGGCCUCUCCAUCUGCAGAUGCUCCACCUGUCAGCUCCCCCGAGUCCUCCCCCGAACCCGCACCCUCUCGAGAUUCCAUCGCCCAAUCGCUCGGCGCGAAGGACCCUUCGUGGUUCAAACAGACUUCAGACCGGGGCAUUGGGUCCGCCGCAUACAGGAGGAGCCAAGACAGCGACCCUUCUGCUGCAACCUCUCCAUCUGGGAGAAGGCAGCUUCCGGGCAUGUCUCGCGAAUCUACAAACGAACCUGAUGCGACAAGCCCUCCACCCGAAAGUGUUCGCUCUGCCGGCUCAAGCCGUGGUAGCGCCAUCUUGAGCAAUCGCCUGUCCACUACAGCAACAUCAGAUUCUGAUCCCUCAAAACGGGUCAGAUCGCCUCUGCCGGUUUUGGAGGCUCAAAAGUUUGCUCCGCCUUCGGAACACGAAUCGGCUGUGGACGAUGGAGACAAUGAUCGCACUUCUGCUCGGGCAUUGGCCAUGUCGCCCACUCAAGGGCGCAUAUCACCCGAACGCGAGAGGUCUACGUCCCCCACCAAAGGCAUGGGGGGCUUUGUACAGAGUGCCAUGCUGAAGCGCAGCGACAGUGUGAGCAAGCGCUGGAGCACCCAAGCCCCUCCGUCUCCGUCCAGGCAAAACUCUACUCUGAGCAACAGGGCGAGCAUGUACGGCAGCACCCUGUCCAAACCCGAAACUCGACCCGCCACUUUGAGUCGCGACAAUUCAAUGGAGCCAUCAUCACGCCCUGGUUCCAGCUCGAACAAUCGGCCCAUGUCCAGAGACUCGAGAGACGCGGCAGAUCGCACCUCCGGAGAGGAAUUUGUUAAGCCUGCACGUCCACGUCACAGCCGAAGCAAAUCGGUUGCGUCCACCUUCAGCGACAGCACCCGCCAACAUGACGAGCCAUCAGCAUCGAGUCCGUCAAAGAGGUGGAGCCCUACCAAGUCGAGUUGGUUGGAAAGCGCUCUGAGCAAGCCUGAAUCGCCAAAGAUGAAGCAGGCCCCACCCCUGCAGCCUGCCUGGAUGAGCGAGCUCAGUCGGAUCAAACAGCAGCGCGGCAGCGUGGAUCUCGGCAAGGGGAAUCCUCUUCAAAGCCCUUCUGCCGACUCACCGGUUUCCGGAAGGACAUCUCCCCUCAAAGAUGUACAGCUACGACCCGUCAGCCUGCGAAGGCCUGAAUCUCCAAAGAAGGAAGAGCAACCUCUGGAUUCAGAUUUAACAAAACCUGCCCAACCUUCGCCCAAAACCAAGCCUGCGCUUUCUCCGAAACCUUCUUUGGCUGCUAAACCAGAACCCAAUGCAGAAGAGACGCCAAACGAUAACGAAGUCUCUUCGGCUCCGGAGGAGGCUACUCCUGAAAUUACUUCGAGACCGCUGUCAUCGACUGCCCGAUUUAGCAAAGACUCUCCAAUCUCACCUGCCGCGGCUAAACCUAAACCCGAGACGCCUGUAAAGAAGGAUUUCCGUGCAAGUCUUCGAUCACGAAAUAUCGACGCGGAUGACUCCAAGAAGAACGAAGUGUCGGAGCUUCAGAGCGUGUUCGGGAAACUCAAAAAGACGGAAACAAAAAACUAUGUUGCUCCCGAUACAUUCAAGGAUAACAUAAUGCGUGGAAAACGUGGUCUCUCGGUCACCGGUGGACCAAGACCGUACGUUCACCGCGACGAAUUUCGCGACAGUCUUGUGAGCAAGAAAACGGCAAUGUUGGCCAAAGCACAGGAAGAGGGUUCUGCUCUGAAGAGAACGGAUAGCUCCGCGAAGUCUGCACCCACCCCAGAAGCACUAGCCAUGAGAAGGAACCUAGGCCGCUCCGAUUCCAUAUCAAAAGCUCCUCCUCCUCCCAAGGAGAGGGAGAGGGAGGCUACACCUGAAGCUCUCGCAAAGAUACAGAGCAUGCGUGCCAGCAAACCCGUCGUCCCGGAGAAGCCUGUGCUGCCAGAAUCUUCUCCCGUAUCCAAAGAGCCUGCAAAACCAAACAAGUUUGCUGAUCGCUUCAAUCCCGGGCUGGCUGGUUUACUUGCGAGAGGCCCGCCACCAAUGGCUACAAAUCCAGGCUCCUCUGGAGGCAAUGCGACUACUCAAUCACCCUCGGAGGAAAAGCCAGGUCCCGCUCCAGAGCUGACUCAUAUGACUAAAGGCAGAGCACGCGGCCCGAAGAGGAGGACACCCACGUCCAAACAGGCCACCAAACCGAGCGACGUUCCUGCAAAGACCGAGACAGCGACGGAAGCAAUUGUAGAAAAAGUGGCUCCAGCAGGUGCGGUUCCACUGGUCAAAGCGGAGCACGUACUUCCAAGUUCACGUCCUGGGUCUUACAAGACUAACAAUACCCCAGAGGAUCCCCCAACGACCAGGACGCCAGCCAGGGACUCCCUCAAAGCGAAACCUCAGACACCCGUGAAAUCUCCGCAGUUAGUCCAGAAAAUUGAAAAAUCGCCCACGCCCGAGCCCCCGAAGAAGCCUGCCUCGUUAGAGCUUGAGAACAAGCCUUCCCCAAGCAUCUCUAUGACACCAAAGAAGUCACCCCUGGCAGCGAGGCUCCACAGUCCACAACCUUCACCAUCACAAUCACCAUCGUGGGCUACAAGAAGGCAAGGAUCUUCUCCUAAUUCUCCAGACAAGCCAGUGCCCAAAGCUCUACAGGAAAUUUCUCCGCCAAACAGUGGCUCCUCACAGAAGAAAGACGAAACUCCGGCGGCAGAAAAGACUCCAUUCUCUGUGCGUAAUGUAUCUGCGUCGUGGGGUAGGCGGUCCACCGCGUCUUCUCCAGCAUCGACACCAGUGAAAUCUCCUAUAAAACUGCCCACCAAGGCUGAUGAAGAGGCAGCCAUGGAAAAUGCUGGUCUCAGGCAAAAUCCAGGAACGCUCGAUACGUUGCAGCAAAGAACCCAAACCCCGAAGCCGAAACCGGUCGGGCUUGGCCUAGGUGGCAUGGGGUUGGGUGGAGCUGUACCGUCAAAAUUACGAGAGUCGAGCCCACCAAAACCGUUUUCUGCCAAACCAUCCCCCAUCUCACCACCCGUCACCAGUGAAAGGCCGCAGUCCGAACCGUUCAGAGCAUCACCCGCACCAGACAAGCCGCAAGGACUUUUCGACGAAUUCUUCGACGAGCCCCCAGUCACGACGGGUCAACUACCUGACAACAUUGAUACCUAUCAUAUUCUCCAAAACCCUCCUUUCGAUCUCAAACCAUCCGGCAAGAUCAGAACACUGCGCAAGCAGAUUCACGAAGUCACCGGGGACGGUAAAUUGAUAUCGAUCCCGGUGCAGGAAGAACACAUUCUUUACCAGGAUUCAAUGUACCUGUGUAUUCACACUUUUGGUGAUUCGAAAGGUGCCAGGGUGACGGAUGCCUAUCUCUGGUCUGGAGAUGAUGUCCCAGAAUCCGUCGUAGACGAUGUGCAAGUCUUUGCACGCAAUCAUGCGAAGCAGAAUCAGGCGAAGCUUGUACACAUGCGACAAGGCAAGGAGACACCGAAUUUCUUCGACGCACUUGGUGGUAUAGUAAUCACAAGGCGAGCUCGCCCAGCACCCAAGGAGUACAUGCUCUGCGGACGUCGCCAUCUAGGCCACGUUGCCUUUGACGAGGUUGACUACAAUCUCAAGAGUCUAUGCUCUGGCUACGCAUUCAUCAUCUCGACGCAAUCUGAUCAGGUGUAUCUGUGGAAAGGUCGGGGCUGUUCACAAGAAGAGCUUUCCGCCGCUCGAUUGAUGGGCAUGGAUCUUGCCCCGACGGGUGAGAUGAACCUGGAAAUCGACGAGGGUUCCGAGUCCCAAGAUUUCAUCAGUCUCUUCCCCCCGGCCGAAGGCAAAGGUCCCGCCAUUCCCCGCUCAGCAGACCACUGGCGAUACAAGGCAACGGCAGACCGCUACCGACCUCGUCUGUUUAGAUUCGAGCAGCAGCAAUCCUCGGGAUGGGCUAGCCUCCAGACGCCCGCAACACCCAAAUCACCGCCGUCGACUACCAAAGUGGUCGAGGUCAUGCCCUUCUGUCAGCGAGACUUGGAGCCCGAGCACAUCUACGUUUUGGAUGCCUUUUUCGAAACGUACAUUAUCGUGGGCUCCCUCGCGCGCAGCCAGGCCGCUGCCUUCUCCACGGCGCUCAUGUUCGUGCAAGAGUACACUAUGCUCGCUGUCUCGGAGGAAGACCGUCCCUUCAUGCCCAUCUCCACCAUCGUCCUCGAAGGCACGCCCCGCGACAUGAAGGCCGUGUUCCGCUUCUGGAGCGAUACCAAGAUCCCCGCUGCUGGGCUCAUGAGCGGCAAAUUAGGUCGCGGCAAGAGUUUGAGGAUCGUCGGGCUGGAAAAGGCUAUCGAGGCGACGCGUCGCUGA